AUCUUGGUCUCUUUAAGUAUAUAUUAGAAUAUACUAAAGAUCUUUUAAAUGACCAGUGUAAAAGACAAGUGAUGCAAAACUUUGAGCAGCGAUUAAUGCUGAUUCCUAGGCAUCAGGGACUCAAAAUAUUAAAAAAUAUAUCCGAAAUAACGCGCAUGACAGCUGAUGAAUUUAGAAAUUUAAUAAAAGUAAUAAUCUUUGCACUUGAUAACCUAUAUAAAGAUUAUAGGAAGCCAGGAAUUAGUAAUAAAUGGUUAUGUAGUGUAUAUCACCAGUUUCUUCUGAUGUAUAUUGCAUCACGAAAAGAAUCGUUUACUGACAAUUCUUUAACUAAAUUGCAG